AUGGCUCAUAAGAGAACAAUUGGCCGCUUCAUAUCCCAGACUUGGAAUUCGAACCCCAUAUCUAUACCUCGCAUUGGAUCUCCAUCACUGAACCGACUAAGAAUGAGUUCCACUGCAACAGCCGUGGCAUCGGAAGCUGAAACUGCUGCGGCACAGAAAAGCUAUCAGAUCGUGCAAGACACUGGCAAUUUCGAUGAGAUCCAAGCCAAACGCCCAGACUUCGAUCAUUCCAAGCCCAUCGAAGUAACCAAAUCCCCAAAUCCCAACUGGGAGUAUGGACAAGGAGUACCCGAUAAUGGAGCCAGCCUAGCGCAAAAACAUCAUGAAAUCGAUCCCUACGCCUCAGAUCGACCGAUGAUCAACAACUACCGCCUCCUUAUCUCAGGGAUCGCGCCUCGACCGGUAGGAUUCCUAAGCACCGUCAACUCCAAGGGCGAAAAGAAUCUCUCCCCAUUCAGCUACUUCCAAGUUAUCGAUCACGAUCCCCCAAUGUUCAUUGUUGGGUUCUCAUCUCGACCCGGUCGGGUCAAAGACACCUACCGCAACCUCCGAGAGACCGGGGAGUGUGUGAUCAACACAGUAUCGGAGGACAUGAUCGAGGCAGUGAACGCGAGCUCUAUUGAUGCUCCGUACGGAGUCUCAGAGUGGGAUGUAUCGGGUCUACAUGAGGCACCAUCGAGGACGGUAAAGCCGUCCCGCGUCGCUGAGUCCGUGUUUAACAUCGAAGGCAAGGUGGUUGAUAUCAAGGAGUUCACGGAUCACCAACAGCCUGGGAUGAGUCUCGCUGCAACUGUGCUCAUCAAGGCUACCCGGUUUUGGGUCAAGGAGGGCACUGCCAAUGAGGAUUAUAGUCAUAUUGACUUGGAGAAGUUGCGGCCGGUUGGUCAACUUGGUGGCAUGUCUUAUGGUCGGAUUACAUCGACUUUUGAGCACCCGCGCAAGAAGUGGAGUGAUGAGGUGCCUAAGAGUGAAAUUUUGGCUAAGCUGGAUGCUGGUACGCCAGAGAAAUGA